UCGAAACUGACAGCACACUUUACCUUUACCUUAUGAAAAUAUAAAAUGAAGUGGGGGUCCAUGGGUAAUACUUGAGGAUCUGAGGGCGGUCCAUAGGUGCAAAGAAGUUAAGAGCCCUGCUCUGGAGGAUACAGUCCAUUCUACCACCUCAGGAUUCUACCAUCUCAUGGUGCUGAUCCAUAUGUACUGUCGGCCAGGCCUAUGUGAGACGGAGCCUGAAAGAUGGGGCGGCGCGGCGAGGAAAAGGUGGCUGGAGAUGAUUCUUCGACGAAUGCCUAAAAUUCCUUUGCUCACGCAACCGGAGGAAUAGUAAGAGAGACAUUGCUUGCAUUUUCUGCCCUUGUUUGGAAGGGCAGAAGAAGAGAGCUCCUGUCCCGCGUCUCGUCGUUUUGGUGCCUCGUCGUCACCACGGGAAUGAGCCCGCCCAAGGGCGGGCAGGCAACUCUUAAGAAGACGGCGGUGGCUGCUGGAGGGAGGUACAAGAGACUGAGCCAUGGACGCCUCCGCGAAAGUAGAGGAAAAACCAAGGGAGUCGUCGGGACGACAACGAUUCCGCCAAGCAGCCACCACCGUCGCACAGCUCUGUGGGCUAGUCUUGAGCAGGAAAAGAUAUAUUGAAAGGAGCCCAUUAGUGCAAUGGGCAAAAUUUCACCUGAAGAAUCAGAAGAACCUCAGAAGUGACCUCUUGUUUAGUGUCAGUGAUUAUUCUAAAAAACAGUUUCAGAAUAAAGGCUUUGAAAAGCUUAAGCAUCUGUUAUGUAUUUGCCCAAGACAAAGAAAGCAGCAAGACCUCCUGCAGAUACAGGCAUGUUUGAAGACAAAUAGAGCCUUUCAGUGCUUGCCUAGCAAAACACAACUCCAGCUGUGCCAAGCUUUCAUCUACCAAGAGUAUGAUGCUGGAACCAUCAUUAUAAGGCAAGGACAUGUAGCAACUGAAUGUUAUUUAGUGUUGUCUGGCAAACUGAAAGUCAUGAUGGCUGAUGCAAAUUCCAACGCCAAGAGUUUCACCCCUGAAACAUUAUGUGAAGCAGGAGAGGGAGAUUUCAUAGGGGAAACAUGCCUGUUGACUAAUACAAAACGUCCAGCUUCAGUUAUAUGCAAAUCUGAUGCAGAACUACUUGUGAUGGACAAAGAGAAUUUUAAAUAUAUUCUUGCUGACUUACAAUAUGAACAACACCACGCAACAUGUCACUUUCUAAGGAAACUCCCAAUAUUCUCUACAUGGCCACUGGAAAAAAUAGAAUUCCUUGUUCAUUGCUCUCUGCGGAGAUUUUACAGGGCAGGAACAACUGUUAUAACUGACAGCCUGGACUCUUACUUUCUGAUUAUUGUGAAAUCAGGCCGUUGCAUAGAGGCAGCAAAGCUGGGUCAAGAGACAAUUGCCACACAGCAUGGUGAUUGCAAAAUUUCCCCAGUGACUUUCUCAGAACAAAAGAUGAAUUUCACUGGCCAACUUUUGAAAACUUCUUGGAAAACAACAUACAAAUAUAAGUCUGAAAAACAAUGGCCACAGGUAGUACAACCAUCCACAUGUGUAUGUGCACAAAUGAAAUUGACUGAGAAAGAAAGAUGCAAUGCCAAGACAGCAGCAAUAAUAUAUCAUUCACCUGUGGGAAGAAAAGACUUCAGUGACCUGAAAGAGAAAGGUUUAAUUAGAAGAGAUGAUGGGAUAAAGAUUACACAGAGAAAGAAGAAGGUAGCUUUAUUAACUCCUCGGUUCCUGAAGAUUAGGUCUCUCGAACAAAGUGAUAUUUUUGGCUUAGCAGAAAUAAUGGACAAACUCUGUAUUCCUCAACUUAGCUUGAUCAGUGAAGGUGCAGAGUGCAUAUUUAUUCCCAAAAACGUUUUUCUGAAAGAAGCAUCUGCCAAAUCCAGGCGGAUUGCCCUGGAGAUUGUGAGCAGCUAUCCAACAGAGCAAAUGAUCCAGGAUAGCUAUAUUAUACAACAAACAUGGAGCACCUACAAGACCAGACUUAUUCAACAACAACUUGAAAGGCGUGCGAGAUCUGUUUCAGCAAGUAUUCAUUGCUGAUAGGCAUAUUGGUGGAUAGCCAUGUAUUCCUGAAUUGAUAAGAAAAUUGGAUUAAUUUGUGAAAAAAUACAACCAAAUGAGGUGAGGCGGGUGGAUACCAGGGAGAGGGCCUUUUUGGAGGUUGCAUCCUGUUUAUGGAAUAGCCUCUCCAGUGAGAUUCGCCUGGCUUCAUCACUUUGUUCUUUUAGAUGCCAGGUAAAGACCUUUUUGUUCACCCAGGCCUUUUAAAUUCUGGUUUUCAGAUUUGAUCUGAUUUUUAAUUAAUUUUAGAAUGAAUUUUUAAGCUGCUUUGUAUUGCAUUUUCUUUUUUCUUCUUUGUUAUGAUUUAAUGUGCUAUGUGUUUUUAUUGUGUGUUUAAAACCUCUGUUGUGAGCCACUCGGAGAACAAUUUGUUAUGGGUGGCAAAUAAAAUUAAUUAAAUUAUUAUUAUUAUUAUUACUACUACUACUAUUAAUAUUACUAUUAUUAGCACUAUGCAUCCUCUUUUAAUAUACCAGCAAAUUAUGCUGUGUUCAGUCAUUAUUUAGAUUCUGUUUUUCUAAAUAUUGUUUAAAACAACUUCUGCAAAGUCUGAAUACAAACAUCAAACAUUUGAAGUGGAUAUCUUAAUAAAAUAUCUCAGCAGUAAUGUUU